CCACGAAAUGUCAAUUGUAGCGUAUGAUUUAUUUUCUUUCAUUUUAUUGUGACUCUAAUGAGCCGCUUUAAUGGGUCACUAUGUGCUCAUGUCGGUUUAAUCUUUAAAAUUCACUUUGAAAAUUUCCCAUGUAGUGCAAUAUUUCACUAUUGUGAAUUCCUUUUCCGGUGUAAAGGGAAGAUUUUCCCUGCGUUUAAACUUAUGUGCAUGUUUUUUCCUCAGUUGCUAAUUUCUCCUGUACUGUAAUCGUUCUAUUUAUCAAUUAAACACUUUACGUUUGACAUUUCCAUAGAGAAAUAACCAACUGUUAAAAUAAAAAUUUGCUUCAUAUACUGUUUGGUAACAUUUCCUGCCUUAAAGACAAGAUUCGGGUAUUGUUAUUGGUAACGCGGGAAUCUUAAGCGGGGAAUUUGACGUUAUUCAAAAUAAGUGAGGCGAUGCUGGCCUAUUUCAUAAUUUAACUGUAAUUACCAACAUUAUUAUGAUCAUCACCACCAGGUGCGUAGUUAGAUAUCGGAGUAAAAAUCAAUUACUAUCAAAAAUGCUACAUUUCCAGUUCGUGCUCCGCGACGUAAAGCUAAUUAGCUGUUGAAGCAAGCUUUUUUCCACCACACAUCGAAAACUACGCCACAAUUUCAUUGUUAAGAAGCAGGGGUGCAUUUCAUGGUGGAUCUCCAUUCAACAUGGCUAUAAAUGUAGAACAGGAGGCUCUUAUUAGCCAGAUGUUCGAAGCGUAUAUAACAGAGUAUCAUCUCGGGGACAUUAUCGAGCUAACUGCAACCUCCAAUGACGACAGUCAUCAGCCUGUUGUUAUCAAUGCCAUGUCAUUGUUUGAAGCCAGUAUGGAGAUUGGUGACUAUUUGAACGCCUAUCCCAACGAUGUCUUGACAAUAUUUGACAAGGUUUUGCACAAAACAGCCAUUGAGUUGUCAAAGAAUGCCUCCGUUAAGCAUUUGCAUGGGUUACCUCCUGAAGAGCAGAGAAUGAAAACCACCCUUCAUGCGCGUAUCACUGGUCUACCAAUUUGCCCAGAACUCACAAGGGACAGAAUUCCCCGAUCGAGAGAUGUUGGGCAUUUCUUGUCCGUCACUGGGACUGUCAUCCGCACCAGUUUUGCCAAAGUCCUUGAGAACGAGCGUGAUUACAUGUGCGCCAAGUGUCGCCAUGUUUUCGUGCUGCAGGCAGACUUUGAGCAAUUCUACUCCUUCGUCCCACCGGUGGUCUGCCCCAAUCCCAAUGGCUGUAACUCAUGCAAGUUCAGUUGUCUGUCUGAAGGCUCUGAGCCUACUGCCUGCAGGGAUUACCAGGAGAUCAAAAUACAAGAGCAAGUGCAGAGGUUGUCAGUGGGAAGUAUUCCUCGUUCUAUGGUGGUGGUUCUAGAGGAUGACCUUGUGGACAGGUGUAAGUCAGGAGAUGAUGUGACUGUUUAUGGGGUGAUGUGCCAGCGUUGGAAACCUUUUUUUGAUGGUGAUUGCUGUGAUGUGGAGCUGGUUCUCAAAGCCAACAACAUCGAAGUCAACAACCAGCAGGGUGCUGCUUCUUUACUUUUGGAGGAUGUUCAAAAGGAAUUUAAAGAAUUCUGGGAGCACUACAAAUGUGAUCCAAUGACUGGCAGGAACCAGAUCUUGUUGAGUCUGUGCCCUCAACUAUUUGGCAUGUAUGUGAUUAAACUGGCCCUUGCCAUGGUGUUGGCUGGAGGGGUGCAGAGAAUAGAUUCUUGCGGAACCAAGACCAGAGGUGAAUGUCACAUGUUGCUCGUGGGUGACCCUGGUACAGGCAAGUCUCAAAUCUUAAAAUACGCAGCCAAGAUGAUGCCACGCUCUGUGCUCACUACUGGAAUUGGUUCAACAAGCGCAGGACUAACAGUUGCAGCAGUGAAGGAUGGAGGCGAUUGGCAUCUGGAGGCUGGAGCCCUCGUCCUCUCAGACGGUGGUUUAUGCUGCAUCGAUGAAUUCAACAGCAUCAAGGAACACGACCGCAUCAGUAUCCAUGAAGCCAUGGAGCAACAGUCCAUUAGUGUCGCCAAGGCUGGUAUAGUCUGUAAGCUGAACACUCGUACAACUAUUCUGGCUGCGACCAAUCCAAAAAGCCAGUACGACCCAAACGAAUCACUGUCUGUCAACAUCGCACUAGCGAGCCCUUUGCUAAGUCGCUUUGACCUGCUUCUGGUUAUGUUGGACAACCGAAAUCCAGAGUGGGACCGCGUCAUCUCUUCUUUCAUUCUGGAGGGUACAGGACUGCCCUCUGAGAGCUCCCCCAACCUCUGGUCCAUGGAGAAAAUGAGGGCUUAUUUCUGUGUAAUAAAGCAAUUACGGCCACAGGUUUCAGAGGAAGCCAACUCCAUCUUAUCAAGGUACUAUCAACUGCAAAGGCAGAGUGAAGACCGCAAUGCUGCACGCACAACCAUCCGCAUGCUGGAGAGUUUGAGCAGACUGGCUGAAGCUCAUGCUCGUCUCAUGUACAGAGAGACUGUAACGAUAGAGGAUGCUGUUAUGGCUGUCUCCGUGAUGGAAUGUUCCAUGCAGGGUGGCAGUUUGCUAGGAUGUGUUAAUGCCGUUCUUACUUCAUUCCCAAAUGACCCUGGUCAGCAGUAUCGGACACAAUGUCAGGUACUGUUAAAAGGCCUGAAACUGCCCCUCUUGAUUCAAAAGGAGAUGGACAGAUUGGACAGGCUUGGGAGCAGCAGCAUCAAGGCUUCUAGCUCUGACCAACCAACUGAUCACCACAAUGAUCACUUUGGAGAAACAAACACUCUCACCAAAACACCAUCUGACGUACCAAAGACCUGCAUGAAGGGGGCUGAGCAGGAGAAGGGUUUAGAUUGGUUUUACUCCUUAACUGCUUCGCAAUCAUCAGAUGAAAUCACCUCUCCAGUAUUCACAUCAACUCAACGCAAUGAUAAAACACAUUCCGAGCAAGGUGGAAUGAUUGAAGAGAAACAACCUGAAGUUCAGGAUCAUCUGCAUGAAUCCCACCAACAACACGCACAGACUUCAGGGGAUGUCUCUGAAAAUCUACAAGGGAGAAGAGUCACGGAGCUUCAACGUAAAUCACAGCAAGGACUUGAAGAAAGUGAAGUCAUUGUAAAUAAUGGAAGUGAAGAUGUCACUGUUUCAAAUCCAACUUCUCAUACUGGCUUGGAUUCUAGAAUUCAGGGUAACCCUCAGUGUCACACAGCAACUAAAACCAUUCACACUCUUCUACAAGACAAAAUUGCAGCUUCAGAUGAAACUACUCCUUUCAAGUUUUCAGACUUUAUAUUCAAACCAAAGAAGAUGAGAUCAUCAGUCCAAAAUGACCAUUCCGCUGUGAUUGCACCUGAAUGCAGAAAACGUCGAAACAAAACCGACAAAGACAUUCAACAGAAGGUCGGCAGCUGUGAUAAGGCCAAUAGUGCUCUUAAAGACAAUGAAUAUAGAAAAAAUGAAAAGCGUGCGAGUCUCAGCGAAACCAAACAAAGCGAUGACAUAAGGAACCAAGACGGUGACAAGAGUAAAGAAUUUUCUACACCUUUAAAAACUACCGAUACUUCAAGCGCUACAAAGUCAACAGUCACCGCCUCAACUCUAGCUAAACUUUCAAGAUUCUCUUUCACUGGCACAAUGGAACGCACAACCCCAGCGCAGACAGAAAAUUGUGGCAAGAUGAAGAGAAAAUGUUUUGAUUUUGACCCGCCAACAAGUGCUCUCCGUGGUUUGAAAAGUGUGUUCAACACAUCCCUCUUUGAUUCUGGUGAGUCAAUUGAUGACAUUCUUGACACCGACUGGGACAAAGAGGUAGCAAAGAAAGCCAAAGUUUGAUAUUAUCCUGUAGGUAUCAUCACAAAUUUGAAUUAAGAGGAAAAUAAUGGAUGUUGCCUUUUUCUUUUUGAAAGUUAUGCCAUAGAUGGCCACUAGGGGGAAACGUUUAUCCACUGUUAAUCCCCUCUUCGACACAAUUUCUGUUGCCAGGAUUAUUCAAGUCUUUUUCUUUGCUUACCUGCCUUUGUUUCUAUUGUUGAACCUGUCUGUCCUCAGUGAACAUAUUUAUUUAAUGCUAUUUCACUAAUAUUGUCAGCCAUUUAUCCAAAUAUUUUUCAAAUAACUAUAGAAAGACUGUCUUUUUUUUUUUGAUUAAUUAAAGUGGAUGAAAAUUAUUUUACACUCACCUCAUUAUAUUAUUCACUAUGAACUUAACCUGUGGACACAUUUACAUAUAAAUAAUC